ACCUUUAAAUUCACCAUAGAUUAGUCGAGUAUAGUAAAUGAUUACAAUGUCGCGCUCGACACGACACUUUUCAGUGUUUGUUGACGUUAAAACGACACGUCUAUGUAGUUGUCAAAACUGUUGUGGGAGCUACAACGUUUCAUUCGGACCCACUGUGUCUCGCUUUGCACUCAAGUGUCACUCCGCCAACCAACUAAGUGCUAGCCUUUUCAGCUUUUGUUAUUCUAAAUACCCGAAGUGUACUUUGAAAUACAGCAAUUCACGUCGGAUGUUAUUAAAUUGAUUUUAAUAUAUGUCUGUUGUCAUGGCAGAAAGUGGUAGCAAGUACUGCUAUCACUCACUUUUUAAGUGUGCGCUCGGCCUGUUGUUAACGCUAGCCACAUUAGCUAGCCAUUAGUUUUGCGUUGAUAGGAAAAAAAAGUUGAUUUCGACAUUUUAGCCAAUCAGAUUCAGCUGUCCGAUGUUAUUGACAGGGUUUAAACCUAUGAGUGCCUUAGAAGUCGCUAACUGACGCUCUCGUGGCCAAUUGCUGAACAGUAUAGGCGGCAUUGUUACGGGAAAAGGCUGGGCUUAUGUACCCGUACGUAGCCAGAGGUAAUGGAGGCUAAAAAAGACAAACCUUUUCGACACAGUCAGCGGUGUCUUCACAAAGGAACUAAAGUUUGUGGAACUUUGGGAAUUCAACUUGAAAUUAUCGUCGUUUAUAUGGGCGAAUAUGUGGAAAAAAGCGCGCUCGUGUAGUUUUUUUUGGCGGUAGGAUAUAUUGCGAUAAUUUGGGUAUGCAAGAAAACCUAAAAAAAAAAAAAAAAUACCAAUGAUAUCCACAGUAUUGCAAUUUGAACUGCUGAACGCCCCACGAUCCAUGUCUCCAUCCAUGUCAACACCUUCCUGAGAAAUUUACAUUGCAAGCUCUUUGCAAAAAUGGGGGACGACCGACCUUUCGUGUGCAAUGCUCCUGGAUGCGGACAGAGGUUUACCAAUGAGGACCACUUGGCAGUACACAAACACAAACAUGAGAUGACGCUGAAAUUCGGACCAGCCAGGACCGAUUCGGUCAUUAUUGCAGACCAGACACCUACUCCCACUCGUUUCCUAAAGAACUGCGAGGAGGUUGGCCUGUUCAAUGAGCUGGCCAGUUCCUUUGAACAAGAUGAUGAUGAGAAGAGGGCCAAGAACUCUCUCCCUGCUUCGAACUCUGUGGCUUUGGACAUGAGCCUGCAGACGCCAUCAGAAGUGAAGGUGAAACAGGAGGCACCUGUAGAAGUUGAUUCUUCACCACCAGGCAGCCCUGAAUCCUCAUCUGGGAAGUCGGACAGCAACAGGGAGCCUAUAGUUAAAGGAAAGGACACACCACCCAGGAAUUCAGCCCCUACCCCGACUAUUGUGCGUCCAGGUUCCCUCCCACUACAUUUGGGCUUUGAUGCUCUUCAGCCCACCAUGCCAUCACCCACCUCCGUCAUCACACAGGCUCCACCCUCAAAUCGUACUUUGGGUUCACCGACCAGCCAUUACCCUAUGAUGAUGCUUCCCUCUGGUCAGGCUGUGCCUGUGCUGCCUGGUCCUGUUCAGAUGCCUUCUGUCAUUAAUCUGGCUCGACCCAUGUGCAUGGUACCCAACAUUCCUGGGAUCCCUGGUCCUCCUCUGGGAGGCAGCAGCAGCGGCUCCAACUCCCCCUCUGGCUACAGCAUCCACUCAGAGGCCAAGAUGCGUCUGAAGGCUGCGCUGCAAAGCCCAUCAGGACAGAGUAUGGGGAUCAUGGCCAUGGGCAGCAGCCCCAUGGUACCUCAGAAGGCAGAACAGAGUCAGCUGCUUGUCCAGCAGCCAGACGCACCAUCACCUGCACAACCUCAGGUAUCUCCAGCACAGCCUACAGGUGGGCGUCGACGGCGGACGACAGACGAUGACCCCGACGAACGAAGGCAGCGUUUCCUCGAGAGGAACCGGGCAGCAGCAUCCCGUUGCAGACAGAAACGCAAACUGUGGGUAAACUCCCUAGAGAAGAAAGCUGAGGAGCUCAGCACUUUGAACGUCUCACUGUCGAAUGAAGUGUCUCUGUUGCGUAAUGAGGUGGCUCAUUUAAAGCAGCUGCUGCUGGCCCACAAGGACUGUCCUGUAACCACCUUACAAAAGAAGACUGCCUACUUAGCUGCAGAAGAGAGCAUGAAAGACACGUCAGAGCCUACAGGUUCCCCUGCCCCGGUGAUUCAGCACAGCUCUUUGGCGCCCAGCCCUUCUACGGGGCAAAACGGCCUGAGCUCAAGGGCAGCAGCUGAGGCUAUGGCCAUGUCAGUGCUGGCAGGAAUGGGCCAGCAGCAGAGAGCUGAGAGCGGACCCUCUCACAUUAUCAUGGCUGCACAGUCUCAAUCUGCUGCCAGAUGAUGAGCGAUGCCACCAAGGCCCACACUUGGCUCAUCACCCAGGGUAGAAAAGACUCCCACCUCCCAGGUUCCCUCAUCUUUAAAUUCAGAAUUUCACAUCUUCUCCUCUGCCUCCCCUCCCCUCUGUGGUCUUUCUAACCCUCCUGGGGAGCCAUCUUGCUGGGGCCUGGAGCUCAUCAGCAGCCUUCUGGGAAAGGACUGAGACUUUUAAGAGAGCUUCCUGUUAACUUUGCCAUAGACUACAGGGGCUGGACUCCAAUACCCCCUCCCCCCUGUUUCCUCCUGUGCGUCCCUGCUCAACUGUCCUCAACUUCAGUAAUAAGGACUCUUCACUGGACUGUAUGACUGCAUCAAGUAUACUGCCAUAAUGAUCUUCCCACGUGGACACGUGCCGCACAGGUGUUUCGUAAACAUAUAUAUUUUUUUUGGAUCAAAUCCGAUAUUAAACAGCACACAGGGCUCUACACUUUUUCCAGCAGGGAACAGUGCCUUGCUCUCCUCGUCACUUUAGCCUUGCACACACACCCACACAUGCCAUCACAGAAUGCCUCCCUAUACAUCCUCAGCUCCAAAGAUGCGGUAGUUGUCCAGAAUUCUCUGACUCACAUCUCAAUUAUUCACUCAGACCUUUAGUAAAUGGUUCUCAGCCUCAACACGAUCUCAACCUGGACCCAAAAACCUUACCUCAUGUACACCCCUUUAUGAUAAAGUGUAUUAACUGUGUGUGUGUGAUUGUAUAUUUAUGUACAUCAGAACAUAGCAGUUUGCCUACUCCUGAUCUGAUGCAUUAUUAGCUAGAUUGUUAGCAUGUGACUUUUCUAAUAGGGUGUUAUGUUUUUGAUACAGUAUGUGCAGCUAUAUUUCUUUUAACUAAUUGGCACAUCCUCCCAGAUUGACCCAUGUAACCAAAAAUAUGUUAGAUUGCGAUUUAAAAAUAAGUUUGUUGGAGCAGAUUUUUUUUUUUUCUGACCUGAAGGGAAUUGAACUUUUUCCACCUUUUCAUAUUUCCUGAAACAGGCAGGUGGUUUAUUGGUAUGUAAAUGGAUGGCUUUUUCCAUUUUUACAUGUAACUGUUCUGGUGACUGUGUUUUCUCCGUGUGUGGGCCCUGCUGGACUUACUGUAACUGUUAUUUUCACACUUCUCAGGAUGGUUGCACAUCCUUUGCUGCUCGUUUGAAAAUGCGAUGAACCCCUCGUUCUGUAUGCUCUCUACCAAACCGAAACUAAGCCAUAAUGGAUCUCUCCAAAGACUAUCUGGUACUUGUCCUGGGACAGAAGUGAAUACCCUGACUGUUAUUUUGUGAUUCAGAGGUUGCAGUGGCACUAUGACAGUAUAUCACUGCUUGUAACUUGCACUUACACACAGUCUUUCACACAGUGUUUGAUCAUUUUGCCUUAAGAUCACAUUUGUGCCUCCGAUAUCCCCCUCACAUAAAUAUAUACAGAUUUGCUUGUAUGGGGGGAAAAAACAGCUCUAGAGAAAUUAUAUUAGUCAGUAUAUAAAUUGGGAAAAAAUGAACAUCAGUAAAUAUAACAUUUAAUUAAUAAACAAAGCUUUUUGAGGCCUUUAAGUACAUAAAAAGUGUCUUUUAAGAAUAUUGUUAAAAUAUUGAAGUACUUGUCUGUCAUCUGGUGGAGAGACAGAGCAAAGACAUCUCCAGUGGUCAAAGCUUUAAGGGCAGAAGACGAGCUGUCCUGUGACUGUUUCUGAAAGGCUCCAGUUCUUUUACAAUGUCCCCCAGAUGUUUUAUCCAGAUAUCGAUAUAUUUUUACAUGAAUGCUCAAAGUGGUUUGCUUUUUUUCCCCUGUCCCUCUUUUGCCCUCUUUCUUAAUAUUUUUGCGAGAUAUGAUAUUUCAGAAACAGGAUAUGACUUAUUAACAUAAGGACAUUUAUGCACUAAAGUAAUGCAGGUUAACUAUUGCUUUGUAUUUCUGUUCAAUUUACAUUUUUUUUUUUGCUUUAUCCUUUUUUUUUUUUUUUCAGAGAUAUCAGAAUGUUUUUUUGUUUGUUUUUUGUUUUUUAAUGAUGGUUUUCUGUUAUCUGUACUGUAUACACGAAUGGGAAUUUGCUGAGCAACUUUAAUACCUUUUCCCUUUUGACUGAACCUCUCCUCCUACAGUCCCAAUGGCGACCCCGGCAAUUUGUGUAAUUUGCUGGCAGUCAAAUAGACGAUUGUUCAUUUGAAAUGAAAAUUCAAACUGCAUUUAGCUUUUAUGUUUUCUUAUAUUCUUUUGUUGCGUGCUGUCUUUAGCACCACACACUCUUCGUCAUAAUGCUUCUGAUUGUGCUGAUGAAUAUAGAGACUAAUUUCUUUAACACAACGAUUUGUGUUUUUGUUGGUUUGUUUUCUCAACAGAAAAAUGGACUUGUGCUUUUUGUUUUUGUUCUUUUUUUUAAAAGAAAUUUUACCCCCUCUUUUUCUUUUCUUCUUCUUUUUUUUUAAUACCUUUUAACAAUCGGUCGUGUCUUUUGAGCUUCCUUGUCUAACUUAUUGUUUUAAUUGGUCAAAUAACAAUAAUCUUUACAGUCUUUUGCCUGUUAACGAUGGGCCAGACUUGUUCUAAACAUAGCAAUUUAGUGGGAAAUACAGUAAUGUGAAAAUUACACAUAGUGUAUUGAUGGUUUUUCACACUCCCUUUGUUGGACUGAUGAUUUCUAAAAUUGUCCUUGUAUUGUACAUAUCUGUACUAUAUGAAUAUAUUUACUUUUCCAUGCAUGUCCAAGAGGAAUACCAUGAACACUUACAGUGCUGCAGUUUUAAUUAAAGAAACUACAUCAUAAUGAG